GCCAACUUCAACCACGUCCACCAUGGGCCAGAUCCUCAGUCGCCUCCGCAAUGUAUACCAUGAUAUCCAGGCAGUGUUCACGGAGCUCUCCACCACUGCCCGCCAAUUCGAAGCAUUGCUGUCGCGCAUCUCCCUGAGAACAUUACCAUCUCCCAACCCCACCGUCUCUUUCUGGCAGCAAAAUCCCCCAUUCCCCAACCUGGUCUCGACCGCAUCGGCAACCCUCCCCGCUCACGCAGACAUCGUGAUCAUUGGGUCUGGGAUAUCAGGCGCAAGCAUAGCUUACACCAUCCUCACCUCCCGAUCGCGCGACAAUGACUUCAAGCACCACUUCCCGCGUGUAGUCAUGCUCGAAGCGCGGAAUGUGUGCAGCGGCGCGACGGGACGCAAUGGCGGACACAUCAAGCACACCGCGUACACGGACUAUGCUGGCUUGAAGAAACAGUUCGGGAAGACGCGCGCAAAAAGCGUUCUGCAGUUCGGGAGGCGCCAUCUGCCGACGUUGCUCCAUUUGACUCGGGAACGGAAGGAUCUGGAGGUCGCAGAGGCGAGGGAGGUUGAAACGGUUGAUAUAUUCACCGACCAGGAUACGUGGGCAAAAACAAAGAGGAUGGUGGAGGAGCUGAACAGGGAUGUGCCUGAGGCGGGGGACGAAAUUUCCGUGUAUGAAGGGGCGGAGGGGUGUGAGAAGUAUAACGUCGGGGUCGACCACUGUGUCGGGAUUAUCACGUAUCCGGCCGGUGCGAUGUGGCCGUAUCGAUUUGUCACGGCCCUGUUAUCCGGCCUGCUGGCCGACUACAGCGAGUACUUCUCCAUCGAGACCAACACCCCCGUGACGGAGGUCCAAACCAGCCCCACUGGCGCUGGACAUCCGUACACGAUAUAUACUCCCCGCGGACACAUCAGCGCCACGCAGGUAAUCCACGCGACGGACGCGUUCGCAUCGAACCUAAUCCCUGGUCUGACGGGCAAGCUUUUCCCCGUCCGGGGACACAUGUCGGCGCAAACUCCCGGAACGCAGUUUCCGGGCCUCAACGGCGCGCGGUCGUGGGGGAUUAUUGGAAAUCGCGGAUUCGAUUACAUUACGCAACGGCCCGCGGCCGGGGGCGGAGAGCUGAUGGUCGGCGGGGGGAUGGUGCAGUCUCCCGAACGGGGGAUCGACGAGUUUGGGGUGUGGGGGGACGACCGGCUGAGCUAUCCCGUGCGCGCCUACCUCGACGGCUUAAUGCCGGCUGUCUUUGGGGAGAAGAACUGGGGCCAGGAUGCGGACGGCGGGCGGAUGAAACAUGUGUGGAGCGGGUGCAUGGGGUUCACGGUGGAUCUGCUGCCCUACGUUGGGAGGCUGGACCCGAAGCUCACGGGGCGCAAGCUGCCUAAGAGGAGUCGCUGGGAUGGCUCGCGCACCGCCGGGGAGUGGAUAUCGGCGGGGUUCCAGGGUGAAGGCAUGGUACUGGCGUGGCUCUCGGGCGUGGCGGUUGGGUUGAUGGCGAUGGGGAUGGACGAGGUGGAGAUGGACGCUCGCCCGGGAAUGCCGGGAGGUAAAGUGAGUGAGUGGCUCCCACGAGAGCUGCUUUGUUCGAGGCGUCGCGUUGAAAGAGGGAGUGUGUCACAGUUGGCGACAAUGCUAUAGAUUCCUGGGUGGGAGUGGAAUGGUGCUGAUCCUCUCGCUGAUACCCGAUGUUUCUACAAAGUCAUGGCCUCAUUAUGUGGAGGCUGUUUCGACGAGAUGAACUAUCCAGCCACGUAGAGGUAGUCGACUCAGAAAUGAUCAACACGCCAUGUACCAUAAA